CAUUCUUCCUUUGACCACAGAUGAUUUCUUCUGCGUUUUCUUUUCUUUCACUCCCUUCAGCCACAAAGAAGUGGUGCAAUAAAAAAAUUGACUAGAGAGAGGCAAGGAAGGGCCCCACCCAGUGAAUCUAAUUUUGCAUUCUGCCUUGUGAAGAGUUCCCUUGAAACAGAGGCUGCCGGUGGGAUUUCCCUCUUGUGAAGAGUUUCCCUUGAAGCAGAGACAACCUUGAACUUCACCAUGUACACAGCAAUCCCUAAAAGCGGCUCUCCCUUUGAUGCUUCGGUCAAGGAACCAGGCCUGCACAUCUGGCGAGUGGAGAAGAUGAAGCCUGUGCCUGUUCCACCAGAACUGAGAGGCAUUUUUUACACUGGGGAUUCCUAUCUGAUUCUUCACAACAGAGAUGACGAUCACUCCAGUGUGCACAUCUGGAUUGGUCAGAAUUCCUCCCGAGACGAACAGGGCGCAUGUGCCCUACUCUCCACCCACCUUAACUCCUUCCUUAAGGAAAAGCCGAUCCAAUAUCGGGAGGUACAGGGCAACGAGUCAGAUAUUUUUAUGGAGUACUUCCCACAUGGCAUCAAAUAUCAGGAAGGUGGGGUGGAAUCUGCUUUUAACAAAGCCCAGGCCAGCCAAGGACCUCAACCCAUCCACAAACUGUACCAAGUGAAAGGGAAGAAGAAUAUCCGGGCCACUGAAAGGGAACUGAGCUGGGCCAGUUUCAACACUGGUGAUUGCUUCAUUAUGGACCUGGGAGAGACCAUCUUUACUUGGUGUGGGGCAAAAUCCAAUAUCCUGGAGCGCAACAAAGCUCGUGAUUUAGCCACUACGAUUCGGGACAGUGAGAGGAAGGGGAGAGCCCGAGUGGAGAUCAUUGCAGAUGGUGAAGAGCCAGCUGAGAUGAUAACGGUGCUGGGCCCUAAACCACCUCUGAAAGAGGGUAGACCUGAAGAUGAUGCUGUUGCAGAUCAGAAAAAUGCAGUGGCUGCUGUGCUAUACAAGGUCUCCGAUAUGACUGGGAAAAUGAGCCUGACAAAGGUGUCUGAAUCCAGUCCGUUCCGCCAGGAUCAACUCAUCACAGAUGACUGUUUCAUCUUGGACAAUGGCCAAUGUGGCAAGAUCUAUGUUUGGAAAGGCCUUAGAGCCAAUGAACAAGAACAGCAAGCGGCUCUGAAGGUGUCAGAAAACUUCAUCUCCCAGAUGAAAUAUCCUCUGAAUACACAGGUGGAAAUCUUACCCCAAGGCCGUGAAAGUCCUCUCUUCAAGCAAUUUUUCAUAAACUGGAAAUGAAAUUCGAGUCCACACCUGACCUAAUAAUAUUCUGCGCAUGUGCCUUACCUUGCCUCAACCAUUUUGCCUUAUUAAACCAGUCAUUGUGUCUUA